GGGCUGCAAGGUGGGAAGUGAAGUCAGUGCCUCAGUUGCUGGUAAGGUGUAGCUGUUCUGUCCCAGUCCCCGUAGCUCUGCACCGAGCAGAAGAAGUCUAGGGUCACGCAGAGGCCAUGGCUGAGGAACUCGGGCUUGGUUCUGGCAGGCGGAGCGGACGGGGCUGAGAGCGGGGCCCUACGGGCGUAAGCGAGGUUACCCUACGCGAGUGGCGUAAAGCGGGUUUGUAAAUGCCGCCUGCCGGCUUGGGCCCGAACGCCUCCAGGAAGUCUCCUCUAGGUGGAGGCGGGAGGGGAAGGGCGAGGUUGGCCCCUGGUGCCCCGGGAGAGGGGACAGGGCGGAUGUGCCUGGGGUGGGGUCCUUUGAAGGUGUGGCUUCGGACCGAGAGGUGAGGCUGCUGUUUUCCCCCUGCUUUCUUUGUCCUCUAAAUCUUGGUCUCUUGUUUGGAAGUGACUAACAGCAUUUUGGCCUGAGAAAGCCCUAAAAAGAUCAGUGUGUUUUUUGUGUCCAAUUCUUUUAUCACCAAAAAAGAGAAGAAAUAUUGCAGUGAAUGAAGAUUCCUCUGCAUUUUAGCACUGCUUUUUCAACUGUAGUUGGCUUUUGAAUGAGGAUGACAAUGGAAGAGAUGAAGAAUGAAGCUGAGACCACAUCCAUGGUUUCUAUGCCCCUCUAUGCAGUCAUGUAUCCUGUGUUUAAUGAGCUAGAAAGAGUAAAUCUGUCUGCAGCCCAGACACUGAGAGCCGCUUUCAUUAAGGCUGAAAAAGAAAAUCCAGGUCUCACACAAGACAUCAUUAUGAAAAUUUUAGAGAAAAAAAGCGUAGAAGUUAACUUCACGGAGUCCCUUCUUCGUAUGGCAGCUGAUGAUGUAGAAGAGUAUAUGAUUGAACGACCAGAGCCAGAAUUCCAAGACCUAAACGAAAAGGCACGAGCACUUAAACAAAUUCUCAGUAAGAUCCCAGAUGAGAUCAAUGACAGAGUGAGGUUUCUGCAGACAAUCAAGGAUAUAGCUAGUGCAAUAAAAGAACUUCUUGAUACAGUGAAUAAUGUCUUCAAGAAAUAUCAAUACCAGAACCGCAGGGCACUUGAACACCAAAAGAAAGAAUUUGUAAAGUACUCCAAAAGUUUCAGUGAUACUCUGAAAACGUAUUUUAAAGAUGGCAAGGCAAUAAAUGUGUUCGUAAGUGCCAACCGACUAAUUCAUCAAACCAACUUAAUACUUCAGACCUUCAAAACUGUGGCCUGAAAGUUGUAUAUGUUAAGAGAUGUACUUCUCAGUGGCAGUAUUGAACUGCCUUUAUCUGUAAAUUUUAAAGUUUGACUGUAUAAAUUAUCAGUCCCUCCUGAAGGGAUCUAAUCCAGGAUGUUGAAUGGGAUUAUUGCCAUCUUACACCAUAUUUUUGUAAAAUGUAGCUUAAUCAUAAUCUCACACUGAAGAUUUUGCAUCACUUUUGCUAUUAUCAUUCUUUUAAGAAUUAUAAGCCAAAAGAAUUUACGCCUUAAUGUGUCAUUAUAUAACAUUCCUUAAAAGAAUUGUAAAUAUUGGUGUUUGUUUCUGACAUUUUAACUUGAAAGCGAUAUGCUGCAAGAUAAUGUAUUUAACAAUAUUUGGUGGCAAAUAUUCAAUAAAUAGUUUACAUCUGUUAAA